UAGAUAUUUUAUGAUACACAGGGUAAUGAUCCUAAAUCAGAGGACAUCCAAAAGUUUUAUGAGGACAAACGUAUCCCUCUUGUUGGUCAAAUGACGUCGUAUGAUCAGCAGAAGAAGUACACAAAGCGUCCUCUCUGUGUUGUCUAUUAUGAUGUGGAUUUCGGCUUUGAACAACGUAAAGCGACACAGUUUUGGCGUCAAAAGGUUCUAGAAGUGGCGAAUGAUCACCGCGAUAUCACAUUUGCUAUUGCUAGCGAAAGUGACUUUGAAAAUGAGCUGAAAGAGUUUGGUCUGGAUGACUCUGGAGAAGAGAUAAAUGUCGGCUGCUUUGACGACAAGAACAGAAAAUACAGAAUGGAGCCGGAUGACGAAUUCGAUGAAGACAGUCUACGUGAAUUUGUAGAAAACUUCAAGAACGGCAACAUCGAAGCCAUUGUGAAAUCACAACCUGCACCAAAGAAGAACACUGGCCCUGUGACAGUCGUAGUAGGCAAUACAUUUGAAGAAAUCGUCAUGGAUCCUAAAAAAGAUGUUCUUAUCGAGCUGUAUGCUCCCUGGUGCGGCCACUGCAAGGCUCUUGAGCCCGUCUACAAGAAAUUAGGAAAACAUUUUAAAGAUCAACCCAACAUAGUUAUCGCUAAAAUGGAUGCAACCGCCAACGACGUACCUCCAGAAUACGCUGCCGAAGGCUUCCCGACCAUCUACUUUGCACCAGCUAACAACAAGCGUAACCCUAUCAAAUACGACGAUGGCGAGCGAGAACUUAAAGACCUAGUGAAAUUUAUAGAAGAGAAGGCUACGGUCUCUCUGACAAAGGCGAAGGAGGAGCUUUAAACUCUAGGUAAAAAACUCAUGUAGACUGUGGCUCUAUUUCAUAUCGCGAAAUAGACGCAUCCAAAGUAUUUGUGAAAGUCUGCGUUUUCGCGGACACGGAAAAGAGAAAGUAGAAAAUGAUAUUUUAAUGGCGUUUUCCGGCUAUUUUUGCAUAGGGCGUACCCAAUUCCACACAUCAGAAAUUCAUUUUAACUGGAAAAUAAACUUAGUGGAUUUUAUGUGUUAUAUUUUAUUUUGAGGAACUCAGCGGAAUGAGUGGCAAAGAAAGAAUUCCUCCUUACAAUAUCAAGCAGACAAGUGAUGAGAAUAAAGGGGAUUAUUAGUUAA